AUGGCAACAGCCCCAACCCCCAAGAUAGGCGUCGGCGUAUUCGUCUUCAACACCAAAAACGAGUUCCUCAUCGGCAAACGCAAAGGCUCACACGGCUCCGGAACCUACGCCCUACCCGGCGGCCAUCUCGAGUUCGGUGAAUCUUUCGAAGAAUGCGCCAUACGGGAAACCAUGGAGGAGACGGGCGUGCGGAUAUGGAAGCCGAGGUUUUUGACUGCUACCAAUAGCGUGCUCGGUGGUCCAGAUCUUGGGAGUCACUAUGUUACAGUUUUCAUGGUUGGGAGAUUGCGGGCGGAGGAUGUUGCGAGUGUGGAGGUCAAGGAGCCGGAGAAGUGUGAGGGGUGGGAGUGGAUUGGGUGGGAGACGAUGAGGGAGUGGGCGGAUGGGGAGGGGGAUGAGGGGAGGAGGGUGUUGUUUCAGCCUCUGGUGGAUUUGUUGGAGCAGAGGCCGGAGGUCGUUCCAAGGUUUUGA